CACAUCUCACGCCGCGACACCAUUGGCUCGCCCGACCUCGUGCUCCACGGAACGCACGGAACGCCAGCCAUUCUGUGUGAUGCCCUCGUAAUGAUUGAUGCUGCCGUUUAUAGGCUCUACCACAGCCCCGUUGAACCGCAGGCUAGGCUACACCGCGCGGCUGUCAUGCUUAUUUUAGCGGACGUCUCCAGAAACCUUUUCCGCCUCUGAACCAACCCCACGCACCCGAGCCUCCACCGCGAGCAGCGGGGCGACGCGGCGCUGCCUCCCGGUUGAGCGGCGGCGGCGGCGGCUGGAGGAUGGCACCGUGUCGGACUGCCUCUCCGUGUCUGUCCUCGGCUCGGCGGUCCAUCAAAAUGUGUUAAUUAGCUGCUCGCGCACGUUUGACGUUUGACGACGGACUGGUGUGGGAGCGACGACAGGACGCACCGCUGCGAUUAUGGAAAAGGAGUCCAGGUUUGAAGAGCUCUGAUCGUAUUGGCUCCACAGCCGGCCAGGUGGCCAGUCAGGUGACAGCAAGGCUGACUGAGGAGUGAGACCAACAGCAAGACCAGGAGACCCUCCUAUCACACCCGUAACUGCUUCCCCCAUCCCACUCCACCAUCACCGCCAUGUCUAUACUCUGCAGCAGCCCGGAAAGAGAGGGCUCUGGUGGGGCUCUGCCUCAGCUAGAGUGCCCGUCUUCCCCUCCCGGCAUGGACCCAGACCCGCCGUCAACAGGCAGCCCAGUGCUCAGCCCGGACUCAUCUUCCCACGAUGCAGCGCUGUCAGCGCCAGCGGUCUCUCCUGCGGACUCGGAGAACCUGAGUCCUGAUGAGCUGGAGCUGCUGGCCAAACUGGAGGAACAGAACAGGUUGCUGGAGGCCGAUUCCAAGUCCAUGCGGUCGAUGAGUGGCUCACGGCGCAACAGUGGCUCCUCGCUGGUUUCCAGCUCCUCAGCCUCCUCCAACCUGUCACACCUGGAGGAGGACACCUGGAUCCUGUGGGGUCGCAUCGUCAACGAGUGGGAGGAGUGGAGACGCAAGAAGGACAAACUCCUGAAGGAGUUGAUCAGGAAAGGCAUCCCUCAUCAUUUCCGUGCCAUCGUUUGGCAGCUGCUAGGCAACGCCACGGACAUGCCGGUGAAGAAUCAGUACUCUGAGCUGCUGAAGAUGUCCUCGCCCUGCGAGAAGCUCAUCCGCAGGGACAUCGCCCGCACUUACCCUGAGCACGAGUUCUUCAAAGGCCAGGACAGCCUGGGGCAGGAGGUCCUCUUCAAUGUCAUGAAGGCGUACUCUCUGGUGGAUCGAGAGGUGGGCUACUGCCAAGGCAGUGCAUUCAUCGUUGGCUUGCUGCUUAUGCAGAUGCCCGAGGAGGAGGCGUUUUGUGUUUUCGUGCGUCUGAUGCAGGAGUACCGGCUGAGGGAGCUGUUCAAACCCAGCAUGGCCGAGCUGGGCCUCUGCAUCUACCAGUUUGAGUAUCUGUUACAGGAGCAACUUCCGGAGCUGAACGUCCAUUUCCGGUCCCAGAGUUUCCACACGUCCAUGUAUGCCUCAUCCUGGUUCCUCACUCUUUUCCUCACCUUCCUCCCUCUGCCUGUUGCCACUCGCAUCUUUGACAUUUUCAUGUAUGAGGGUUUAGAGAUUAUCUUUCGUGUGGGCUUGGCCAUCCUGCAGUACAACCAGACGGACCUCAUUCAGCUGGACAUGGAGGGCAUGUCGCAGCAUUUCCAGAAGGUGAUCCCCCACCAGUUUGACAGCUGCCCCGACAAGCUGAUCCUCCGGGCCUACCAGGUCAAAUACAACCCCAAGAGGAUGAAGAAACUUGAGAAAGAAUACACCGCAAUCAAGAACAAAGAAAUGGAGGAGCAGAUUGAGAUCAAGAGAUUACGCACAGAAAACCGGCUGCUGAAGCAGAGGAUUGAGACGCUAGAGAAGGAGAGUGCUGCUCUGGCAGACAGACUGAUCCAGGGUCAGGUGACAAGAGCACAGGAAGCAGAGGAGAACUACGUGAUCAAGCGAGAGCUGGCGGUGGUGAGGCAGCAGUGCAACACAGCCAGCGAGAGCCUCGAGAAGGCACAGGACACCAUCAGAGAGCUGCAGCAGCAGAAGUACACAGAGCAGUUCGUGAGCAGUUUGCAGACCGAGCUGGAGCAGUCCCGACUGCGAGAGGCUGAACUGCUCGGAGCGCUGAAGGAAAUGCAGGACAAAGUGCUCGACCUGGAGAAGAGGAGCAGUUGUCUGCCUGAUGAGAACAACCUGGCGGCUGUGCAGGAGGAGGUGAAGCAGAUGAAGCUGAGGGAGCUGGAGACGCUGCGCUCAUUCCGGGAGAUGCAAGACACUGUCACUGAGCUCAACCAGCGCUGGCAGCAUCAUAUGUCAUCCCGUGGCAGCAGCACCGGUGGAGGCGGUGGCCACUGGAAGGAAUCCCCGAAGAAGAACGCCAUGAAUGAAAUGCAGGACAAACUGAUGACGGUCAGACUGAGGGAGGCCCAGGCCCAGGCCGAGCUCCGAGAGGUCAAACUAAAAUCCCUGCAGCAGGAGAGCCAGAACCAGAUCCACAGCAAGCUGAUUGGCCGCCACGAGCAGGAACGCUCCGCAAUGCAGGACCGGCUCCAGAUGUUGGCCAAUCAGAACAAAGCUCUCCAGGCCCAACUCAACGAGAUGAAGAGGAAGCAGGCCGAGUUCGACUGCAAGAGUAAAGAGGAAGUGAUGGCAGUGCGGCUGAGGGAAGCAGACAGUAUGGCGGCCAUGGCUGAACUCAGGCAGAAGAUCGCUGAACUUGAGAUACAGAAGGAGGAAGGGCUGAUCCAGGGCCAGCUCAACCACUCAGACUCCAGACAGUACAUCACCGAGCUCCGGGACCAGAUUGCUGAGCUCAAGAAUGAGAUCAGGCUGUUGCGAGGGCAUAAGACGGCCCCCAGCUCCGGCGUCAGCGGUGGAGGGUUAAGUACCAACUAUCAGGAUCUCUGCCUGACCAGCCCCGCCUCUGCAGAGGGGGACUACCUGAGCUCAGAUGAGGAUCUUCUCCCCAGCCCGCUGCCUCCCAAUGCCCUCUAUCCCGCCAUGUCCGGUUCGUGUCACCCAUCUGCCCGCCUCGACAGCGAGGGCAGCACAGACAGCGAGGCGGAGGAACGCAUGCGGAUACAUCCGGACCCACAGCAGCUGUACGGGAGCAUGGUGUGUGCAGAGGGGCUGGAAAACUGAGAUCUAGAGGGGUUGAGAGGAGUCCGUUGGAUUUCUUUGACCUAAAGAGACGCUGGGGCCCCUACCGGACUGGGCUGCUUCUGUAAACUGGGACUGGCAUAUCCAAUCCAUUCCUCCUCCUCGACUUUUCCAGUGUUCCUCUUUUACUCGAUGCAGACAUAAUGGCAUUGAUUGGACCUCUUUUGGUCGUCACUACCUGUAGUCUCCGUUCCUGUUACUGCCUCCUCCACCUUGUUUCCCACACUGUCCGUACCCAGUCUGUGAGGUAAUAUAAAGCCUAUCUUCUUGUUCCCACGUGUAUCUGCGCCAGAAACUGUCUGUUUGCCUGCCAUAUCCAUCCAAUCACAAACAAACUGAGUCUGGACAAACUAGUCUGCUGCAGCCUGCUGCUUGAGAUCAACACCGGGACCUGAUUCUGUGACCAUGACGAGGACUGAAACAUGGGUAGACAGAUGGAACUCCUCCCUUUUCCUGAAAACUGAAUGAUAGACACUUGACAGUAUGCUCUGUCUACCCUUCCAUACCUCUCCUUACAUUGGUUCAGAGUUAAAUACAUUUUAAUCUUUUCUUUUCCCUUUUCAUGGCUUUCUUUAGAAAUACACACAUCCAUCUUCACUGCCUUCAGAAAAAAAAACUUCUGCCAUCCAUUCACAGAAGGAAAUUAAAAAUGUUGAUGAGUGUCAGAAAGGAAGCUGAAGUGUAUGAAUAUGUACACAUCAAACUGUCAUAAGAUGGCAUCCAUAGGUGAUUCAUGAACACUUAAACAUACUAACACGUGUGGUUUGUGUCUGUGGCUUGCAGUUAACGAGAAGGAAAGCAGGUUAAUACGAAAGCUCAUGUCAAAAAAUGUUCACCAUGACCCACAAAAAGAAGGAAGAAAGAUACCCAAUGUUGCCAAAUCUUUUGUUUUAAAAUUAUUUAUAUGUUGUAAUUUAUUUUGAUAUUUUUGUUAUUUUUUAUAUAUCUAUAUGAAACUAGGAGCGUAGAGAUACCGACAGAGGCCAAACUUUCUACAGCGUCCUUUGUGCCAACUAUUACAGGUUUACUGUGACACUGAGUGUUUCAGAGGUGGAAAAUGUGCUGCUAUGAUUUUAAAAUUUGCCUCUUCCAUUUUGUUCUCUCUAUUGUUGUUGUUUUGUUUUUGUUAAACUAUUUUGGGCAGUUUCACAUGAUUCCCUGCUUCUCAGUAUUUAUCUAUGAUGGAAAUGUGGUUUCCUUUAAAACCGAUAACUAUCAUUGUGUGUGUGUUUGUGUGUGUGUGUGUGUGUGUGUGUGUGUGUGAGAGUUAUAGUUUGACCAGUUUGGGAACUAAGUUUAUUCACUUUUCCGCCUCAGAGAUGAGCUGUUUUCAGACAUGAACUCUGGAAAAAUUUCAGGAAAAUUGUGUCCGGACAUUUUCCAGAGAUUGCCAUGCACACAUGAAGAACACAGCAGGAGAUUGCCUGAGUCAGAUGCGUUCACAAUAGCAGAAAAGAUUCCUGGGUAGAGCACCCGCUCGCUCGCCAGGAGUCUUGCUGCUCUAAUCUCACAUUGCCUGACUUGCACAUUUUCCAGAAAUUUCACUUGGGGGCUGGUUGGAACAUUUUCUGGAAUAAGAUACAAAGCAACAUUUGCAUUCUCACAUGCAGCCCCUCCAGAAAAACCGCAGGGCCUGCCCAUUUCUUUAGUUUUUCUGCUUUUCAAAUCACCAAUCACUAAAUUAGCUCCAGAGGUGCUGGUAGACAGAGCCUGCUGUUUCCCCCUGUUUCAAGUCUUUAUGCUAAACUAAUCUAACCAGGCAUGAGGUUGAUAUAAACACUUGUAGUUCCCAAAAUGUCAGAAUUUUCCUUUAAUUGUCAGAGUCCCGUACAAGCAAAAGGAGGGAUCCAGGUAACAGUGCUGGAAUCACCCCUUCAUGUGCUCUCAUCACUCUCGGACGACUAAAGGUAAAAUCGCAGCAUGCGGGCCAAUGAAAGUGGAGGGAGUAGUUCCUAUUGUAAUGACGGCAACAACAAAUGCUGUUGUCAUGACUGGAGAGUGUGUGGGUCGGAAAUAUUUUACAUAUCAAACAUUAAUAUAUCCUCUGUGGGGCGGGGGGUAUAAUGUAUGGAGAAAUAUGAAAUAUACAGUGUGGCAGGAACAAAAGUAUAUAGAUGAAGUAUAUGAAAGCUGUAUCACUGUCAGUCAAGACUUGUACUAGACAUGGUGAGAAGACUAGUGUGUGUUGUUUAUCAGACAGGGUGGCCAUCUGCUUUUUGCACAACAGAGAAAGAUAAAAAAAACUCUCUGAGACGUGGAUCAAUGGAUUCAUGGUGGGGUGUAUUUUAUUCUGGGAUUAACCAUCCUGACUUGUGUUUCAUUAUUCUUCGGACUAAAGAUUUUCUCGUAAAUUCUCUGACGGCUCACUCUAUGCUUCGCAGAUCUGGCAUUUCGGUGCAGUACAAGCGAAGGAAUGGCAAAGCAGAGCAUUGUUGCCAUCUUUCUAGAAAUAAGGAAAUAGGUUCUUCCAGUAAUGGCCAUUUAAAAACUAAAGAGGAUGUUGGUUUGCCCCCAUACUGUUGCAAAUAACAGCCUUUUGGUGGUCAUUGGUGGGUGUAGCAACUGAAAUCUACACUGGAAUCGGUGUUUGGAUAUCUAUCAUCAGACCAUAUCAUUAUAUGUGUAGUACUAAUCAGUUCACAUCAGUUGCUUAGAGUUCCUAGUAUGUACAGAAUGAUGUCUGCUGUCAGCUCUGUUGAGAAUGAGAGUUGAGCCCUUAAAUCCAUUUACUCUAGGUCCUAACUGAAUUGGCCACUAAAAGUUAGAAUCCCUCACGUUUUUAUUAUAUCAGACACCAUUUCUGAUAAUAAGCAAUAGGUAAUCAAUGCAGUUACUCUUUGUAAUCGCCUAUAUAGAAGUGUUAAUUGUAAUGAGUGGAAUAAGCCUCUCUCUUGAAAGAUUCCAAGGAUUUACAAUGGUUCAUCAAUUUUUUUCUGGAUCUGAUGCUGAAGACAUAAUUUCAAGCUUUUCACAUAAUGCGACCUUUGUUCGUGUGCUCAGCAUCACGGUGUCAGAAAACAGCAGCAUGGUUUUCAACAUGUGCAACGGUGAAUAGUCAAGAGGGGGACAGACAAAUGUUACACUUGACUGAAUUGGUAAUGCUGGUGUAUUGAUAAACACAAAAUGAGACAAUGAGCGAUGGAAAUAGACCUGAACAAAUCAUGAUGUACAUGAAUGAAGCUCCACUGAGAUGGAAAAAAAAUGUGGCACACAUAAACAUCCGAUCUGUGUGGAGCCAACAUGAAUGCCAUAUUUAUCAGAUUAAACACUCAUCAUUUUCUAAAUUGUUUGUCACUGAGGUUUGACUGGUGCUUUUUAAAUCACAUCCUCUAAUGAUUGAAUGGCACCUAAGUGGAGAAUUUACAGAAUUGUUUGCAUUCUGUUUUGGCUAUGGAAACCAGGCUAUUGCUGACAUUUGUUGUUGUUUGUUUUCUUCAUUAAAAUAUUGAGGUGGUAAAUAGAUCCCAUUAUUUGUUUGACUACACUGUAAAGCAAAUUGCUCAUUUUUGACAAAUUAUUCAUUCAAAGCAUGUUUUAGAUUUAUCCUUGGAACCUGUAUUAUUACCAUUAACUGCAGGUUUUGCCAAAUCUACCACAAAGGAAGUUUUAAGGGGAAUAUGGUAAUAUAAUAAUGUAUUUAGAUAUUUCCAUUGGGAUUUCAGUCAAAAUCCUGUGUCCUUUCCAAAAUUCAAACUAAUCUGCACCCAGAUCAGGACUUUGUGUCCGUCAACACAUCUGUAUGCUGCUGUUCAGGGAUGGUGCUCUGUUCUCACCACUGUCUAAACACAACUCUACCUACUGUGACAUAACAUUUUGAUAUGUUUGUAAAUUACUUUUGAAUAUGGUACUACUGUAGCUGUCAUCCUUUUAUAUCCUUUUAAUAAUUACCAUCAGUACUUUAUUUUCUCCUGCUAACAGCAUUACGUGAGAUCAUAAUGAUUAAACAUCAUAAUGUGCCAUAAAAGUAGGUAGAUUUACACACUUCACUAGAUGACUUCAUGUAUGUUUAUCAACAAGUCAGCUACUACAGCCCUUCUCUAAAAAGCCAUGUAAUAUAAAGUUUAUUUUGCGUGGAUUGAAAUAUGAUCACAUUGUGUUGGUCCAGACUUAUCAUGUUGAACCUGAUUUAAAGCGCGAAAUACAACACAGCACCAAAAGCAAGAAUGUUCCGUGCAGACAGUCCUCAUCCUGGUCAGUCUGGUGAAGGAUUUUGCCGACUCGUGCUGUAUGUGACGGCUGGUUGACGUCCAACCUUGUCCACCCUCCCUCUUUCUCUCUUGCAGUUCAGCUGAUGUUGUUGUCAAAUAUAUUAAACGCCAGUAAAGAUAAUAUAAAUUCCUGUAUGAUGGGGAAAAAAACAUUUCAGUGUUCUGUAUCCUAUGAAUGAUACAAAAUAAACUUUGACAUUGCACCUUU